UCCAGGCUUGUGAUUCAAACUGCGGCGCGGCGAGCUCAGGAGUCCCCGCCAGCGUUGCCCGGCGACUGCUGCGGGUUGGCUAUGGAGCACCGCAUCGUGGGACCCGGGCCGUACCGGGCCACCAAGCUGUGGAACGAGACGGUGGAGCUUUUUCGUGCCAGGAUGCCUUUACGGAAACAUCGCUGUCGUUUCAAGAGCUACGAGCAUUGCUUCUCAGCUGCCGAAGCUGUGGACUGGCUGCACGAGCUUCUGAGGAACAGUCAGAACUUUGGGCCUGAGGUAACUCGCAAACAGACAGUUCAGCUGCUGAAGAAAUUCCUAAAGAAUCACGUGAUCGAAGACAUCAAGGGAAAAUGGGGCCAGGAGGAUUUUGAAGACAACCGUCAGCUCUACAGGUUUCCUCCUUCCUCGCCCCUGAAGCCAUAUCCAAAGAAGCCCCUGCAUCAAAGAGAUGUCAUCAAAUUUCCAGAAUGGAAUGAUCCCCCACCUGGCACUUCACAAGAGAACAUUCCCGUGAGGCCGAUUGUGAUGAAUUCUGAGAUGUGGUUCAAGCGGCACAGCAUUGCUAUUGGAGAGGUGCCGGCUUGCCGUCUGGUCCACCGAAGACAGCUGACCGAGGCCAACGUGGAGGAGAUCUGGAAGUCCAUGACGCUAUCCUAUUUACAGAAAGUUCUUGGCCUGGAUUCCCUGGAAGAAGUUCUAGACACCAAACUUGUCAACUCCAAGUUCAUCAUCCAUAACGUGUACAGUGUCAGCAAGCAGGGCGUCGUCAUCCUGGAUGACAAGUCAAAAGAGCUUCCUUAUUGGGUCCUGUCAGCUAUGAAGUGUUUGGCAAAUUGGCCCAACUGUUCUGAUUGGAAGCAGCCUAUGUACUUGGGGUUUGAGAAAGAUGUCUUCAAGACAAUCGCGGAUUACUAUGGUCACCUGAAGGAGCCACUCCUUACGUUCCAUCUGUUCGAUGCUUUCGUCAGUGUCCUAGGUUUGCUGCAGAAAGAGAAGAUGGCAAUCGAAGCUUUUCAGAUUUGUUGUCUCCUUCUGCCUCCUGAAAACAGGAGAAAGCUGCAGCUGCUGAUGAGGAUGAUGGCAAGGAUCUGCUCAAACAAAGAGAUGCCGCCACUGUGUGAUGGCUUUGGCACCCGCACGCUGAUGGUUCAGACAUUUUCUCGGUGCAUCUUGUGUUCUAAGGACGAAGUAGACUUAGAUGAGUUGCUAGCUGCUCGAUUGGUGACAUUUCUGAUGGACAAUUACCAGGAGAUUCUGAAAGUUCCUUUGGCCCUGCAGACCUCCAUAGAGGAGCGUGUGGCUCAUCUGCGAAGAGUUCAGAUAAAAUACCCAGGAGCUGAUAUGGAUAUCACGUUGUCUGCGCCUUCUUUUUGCCGUCAAAUCAGUCCAGAGGAAUUUGAAUACCAAAGGGCAUAUGGCUCUCAGGAGCCUCUGGCUGCCUUGUUGGAAGAAGUCAUAGCAGAUGCCAAACUCUCCAACAAGGAGAAGAAGAAGAAGCUGAAGCAGUUUCAGAAAUCAUACCCUGAAGUCUACCAGGAGCGAUUUCCUACACCAGAGAGCGAAGCGCUUCUCUUCCCUGAAAAGCCCAAGCCCAAACCGCAGCUGUUUAUGUGGGCGCUGAGGAAGCCUUUCCAGCCGUUUCAGAGGACGAGAAGUUUCCGGAUGUGAUGCGGCGACGGAGCUUUAGAGACCCCAGCGCUCGAGACAGUUUUCAGUCAGUCGAGGCUCAAGAAUGCUAAGUUAUAAACUACUGACAUAGGGGGUUUCAGAGAAGCCGGACCUGACCCUUACCAUAUUGAGCCGUUGUCAGUAUUUUUAUAAAUCUCAAUGCUGUCUUUAGAAAUGUACAAAUCAGUGAACGAUUUCAAGCCAAGUGUAUAGUGGUGAUGCAACAGGCUUGGGAUUGUUGCAGAGUCUAAAGGUAAAGUGUUCCCCCUCUUCUAUUGUUGUUUUCUAUAGUGUGUAAAGUUCUUGUGUGUGCUUUCUCCUCCCUGACACGUCUGUGAAAAACCAAGCCUAAGAAUAAUGUACAUACUUGAAUGAAAACCACACUGGGUGCUGUUACUGUGGUACAUUGACUUCAUUGCCAGUUGUGAUCUCUGUGUACAUCCCAUUUUGUUGUUGUUGUUGUGCAAAAGUCCCUACUGUCUUGCAUUGUGUUGGCUGUGCCUUUCCUUGCAGGUUUGCCAGUUGCUGUGAAAUCUCCUAACGCUGGCUCUUUGAUCUCCCAUAAACCAGUCUGCAGAUGUGUGGAGCAGAUGUGUGGAUGUGGAGUAGAUUUGCAUCUGUCCACAGUCGUGUGUUGUGAGUCUUAGCUAAAGACCGAAGGUUGAGCUGGAUGAAUUCUUAGACCUGUAAAUCUAAAUUAAAUCUUUGUUUGGUUUCAUAAAAAAGUAUAAAUAGGUUUGGUAAGAUGAAAUUACUUCCUUUAUGAAUGUAUUUUCUCAGCUUCUUCAUUCUUUUGAAAGUAAAUGCAAUGUAAAUAAAUACUGAAGUUUUGUAA